UCAGAAUGUCCUAACCAUCUAUUCCUUUGUUUUGAAUCUGAUAGAUGGAUAAGUUAUUUAUGUUUUUGUUUUUUUGAGAUCUCUCACACUCACACUCCAAGAAUUACAGCGGGUUAUUACUCUUUGACAAAGUUUGACAUUUGUAAUGUUAUUCGCGAUCUACAGGCGGUCUAAUCCCUAACAGACGCUACCGAUUUCGCAGUCCUUUUUCUAGCCAGGUCACUGGUCGGGGAUGACUGACCUUGAUCUUUAUAGUGAAAUUGUAGCUGAAGAUGAUGAAAAAAGACUGGAAUAUCUGUGCAGUUUGGAUGUGCCCGAACAUGUACGUUCUCUCCAAACCCAGUCUUCUUUGUUGGAGGCAGAAGUUGAGGCGCUGAAUGCACAUGUCAGUCGUCUAGAAAAAGAACGCUUGGUUUUAAUUGCCAAAAAAGAUCAGAUUACGGACAACUUCUUCCGCUUGGGACUUGCUUGUCGCAGAGAGAUAGAGAAGCUAAAGUCACAAAUCAAAUUACUUUGCACGAAAUAUAGGGUUCCAGAACCAAAAGCUGUUAGCCAAAAGAAUUUGAACUGUGAUACCCAAAUAAACCCCGAGAAGCAGAAUUACUACACUGAUCUAGUAGCAUAUUUACAUUCUGAUCGUCCACCUAUCAACAUAUACUCUGGUAACAAUGUGCCGAAUAGAAAUCCUAAUGUUCCAAAGUGCGACGCAGUCACACAGACUGAACAUGUUAAAAAAUAUAAUCCACAGUCAUCUGGAUCUUCUUUCGGUUCACAGUCAUCACGUUCAGUGUCGUCAAGCUCAUCAUCAUCAUCAUCGUCAUCAUCUACGUCAUCUUCCAGUUCUACUAGUCAGGAUCAACCUCCGUCACAAACUGGUUCAAUGAACAAUGGACUCGGACAUAGCUUCCUAGACACAUCUGUAGAUGGUAAACCGUUACUAUCACGUUCACUUUCUGUAGUUGAUGUCGGUGGAAAGAAUUUAGAGAAUUGUGGAUGCCGUGACUCAGUUAAACAUGGAGUGUAUGAGAAAUCCUGUGGACUCAAGCAAAAUGGUGCUUUAUCUGGAAGUUUACGUGUCAGUAAACGGCUAAAUCGCUCUAAUAAGAAAUCCGGAGAUAAAAGCAUACCAGCUUAUAAUGCCGAUAAACAACUUCCUAUAGUCGACGAAUGUAGGCGCAAAUAUACUAAAACUAUUCAUGGUCAAUUAUUUUCUAAAUCUCAUUGCUUCCAUCAAAGGAAACAAAAAGAUGAUGAAGUUGCAAAUAAUCCCGGAGGAAAAACAGACACAUCGUCAGAAAGCAGAAUUUUAUCAAUGCGAGGAGUUAGAAAAUUUUCAUCGCCAUUAAAUAAUAGUGUAAACAAACACUCUUCCGUUCGAAGUUCUACUUCAAAGGACUUUAGAAUGGUUCAACAUGUUUCUCCUUCCUUACGUAGACUCACUCAAAGUAAGACUAAUGAAUCUUGUACUGGUCCAGAUUCAUCUUGCCGAGGUCAUGUUCCGAAUCAUCUCCUGAAGGCUGUAGAAGGCGCCAUACGAUUAUCUCGCGAUCACCACACAGUUCGCAGACAACAUAAUGCAGCCAAUUCAAUCCACCGUGAUCGAUAUUCAAAACACUUACACCGUAACUAUCAAACUCAUACUGAAAUAUCUCGUUUGGAAAGUGGUGAUUGCUCAAGCGAACCCGAAAGACGAACUAGGGAAGCUAGUUGUACACUGUACACAAAACGUCUACGUUGUAAAGGCGAUAGUACAAAUAUGAUCGUCGAGUCAACUUCUCGAGACCCAAAUGAUUCAGGUCACAAACCAGAUAAAGAAACUGAUCAGUUAACUUCUAAUGAGAAUGCUACGCCUAAUGCUUUAAUUCCUGAUUCAUCAAACACUAUUGGUGAUAUUCACCUUCUUAGAGAUUAUUCGGCUCAGGAAAUCGUCCAUGACUCUAAUGAACAAGUAUCAAACUCUGUCAACCCGUCUGAUCAAUCUUCAAAUCAGUUCUUGCCAAAAAACGCUUCAUUCUCUUCUAUAGAAAACAAAGUUGGCGAAUUAGUUAUUCCAGAAGUUUUGGGACUCACUCCACCUAUUUCUAAUGAUCAGGAUUGUGUUGAAGAUAAAACUGAUUCACCUCUCACAAGAAAAAUACCAAUUCGACCAGAAGAUUCAUUUGCCCAUACUAGUAGCAAUAAAAGCCGGUCACUCUGUACAGGUUGCCAUUCGCAUUCUAGAUCGGACCAUUCUUUAACGGAGUCAGACCACUCUGAAACCUGUGGUGGGGGAAUAGAAAACCAAGAAGAGGGCGAAGUCGCUGAUGAUGUAGACGAUGACGAUGACACUGAGGUGUUCAAUUCUUCACCUUAUGCAGCUCGUACACGCAAAAGAUAUUGGUCUCGUCCAUCACCUACCAGUUGUAAAACUCCAAAGCUUUCUUCAGAUUUACAUGGUAAUGAGUCCACAAACGUUUCGAUCUCUGAAAAUUCAAAAAAUAUUUCACCAUAUCCAAAUAUUGAACAACGCAGGUGGAGUAGAUGUUCACAACACUAUGAAAAAGAUGGUUCCAGGAACUCUAGUUCUGGUUUUAUGGAUUUGACUUUACGAGCGUCUCCCGGAUACGACCAGCACUCGUCCAAUCUAAAUACUUCAAGAUUUUCCCAUUCACCAGAAAUUCAUCGGAAUCAUGGGUCACAAUAUCCCUCAUCCAUUUCCAGAUCACCUUCAUUGAGAAAUUCUCGUAAUGAACACUAUCGUCAUCAUCCUAAUCGGUCAUCUAACUCUGCUUCUAAAUAUCAUCCUUGUCAGCGUCAUUACAAAUCCCCAGAAAAGAGUGCCCGAGAUUUCACCCCUAGAAAGCACAACAAAUCAUCUGUUUCGUCAAAUCAGCCAAAAAGACGUACUCACCAUUCUCCAGUACCACCAACUAAUUCUAACUCAUCUUUCCGUCGAUUUGAACGUGAACGAAUAAAUCUUCACAACAGACGGUUUCGUGCUUUAUCUCCGGUGCUAAAUCGAAAUACUUAUAGAAGAAUCGGCAUUAAUUCAUUAAAGGUAUCUGGCCCACGUUUCAACCGUACUCAUCAUCAAAGAAGAUUUUAAUCAUAUAUCCAGAUUACUGUACAGCUUCAAAUUGCACAUCUUUUUUAGAAAAGAAAUUGAAGGACAGAUAUAUUAGCUAUUUUUCCUUUGGAAGUUAUUGUGUCUGUAUUUCCUUAUUUUUGUUAGCUUCUAAUUUUUGGUUGCCUACCAUAUCCUCAGUAAAAAUAAAAGUAUAUACUAAGCGAUGCUGAUACUUUUUUAUCCACAUGUUCCUUCAUCGGUGUUUAUUUUCUAUGUAUAUUUGAUCAGUUUUUAAUUCUACCGAGGUUACUGUUGCACUCAAAAAUCUUGACUUUAUGUUGUGCUAAAUAGUAAUAUGGAGACGAUUCUGAGGAAUAAGAAGUAUCUGACUAUUAGGUUUAAUUAUUGACCACGAAAUUAGGGGUAAAAAUAUUUGACAUUCAGGUGUGAUAUUGUAGAACUAAGUUGACCAGUUGGACUUGCUAGGUUGAUCAGUCAUUUGCGAGUCGAACACAUACGAAGAAUGAAUUAAAAACUUUAAUGACUAACAGUUAUAAAUCCAGCUGUUUAAUGCAAAGAUACCUUUAGUUUUUAAACAUUCUAUGUAAACUAAGUAACAUUUGACAGUCUUUUUGUGAUCUCGUGACAUUCAAUACAUGUAUGCUAACAUCUUCGUAAUCUCAAGUUGACAUAUUUAGCAUUAUUACAAAAAUAGCAUUAAUGAAUAUAAUUCUUGGACCUACAAGAAGUUCCUAGACUUGGCAUAUAACAAUGAGUGGAACGUCUACAUCGAAUUUCGACAGCAUCAGCUAGACAGAAAAGAUUGGGAGGAAUAAAAUUUGUGUUAUAUUUCUAGGUACACACUUGGUACUUCCUGGUUAUUUGUUUCAUUUAAACUUGCUUGAUAUAGAAUGCUAGGGGCCCGUCAACUAAGAAGUUUACAAUUGAACUCUAAAAUGUACCUGAGUAUGAAGAAAAUAAUCGUACAAAUAUCAACCCGCAUUUGCUAAAUAUGCUUUUUGGAAUUGUUUUCUGCUCCAAUCUAUGUGAGCGUCUCAUGUAUAAUGAUAUACUAGCAAUUAAACCAUGCAACUUCCAACCGUUCGCUUGCGAAUUUGAACCACGCUAAACCUAGUUAUGUUUGAGUAGUGACAUAACACUAUUAACCUCCAGAGUGCGGUCGAAAGAUGGAUAUAUAAAUCUGUAGCUGGUAAAAAAAGGUAUAUUUGGUUUUUAGUUGGUUUCCAUUUCAAUGCCCCGAACAUCGUUACGUUAGUAGGUUGUGGUUCUUACGUCCCACACAAAGUCGUUAAAUCGUAAUCCAAAAAGGAUGAAAUAGAAGUACGGGAUCAAUCUACUAGACACUAACAAAUGAUAUCCGUGUAUGCAUAUAAAUCUAUUUCUCUACUACUAUACCAUUUGACUUCCCCUAGCUGUGAUGACGAAGUGGCGAAUUUCCUCCAUUCUGAGUCUUGACAUUAAACUUGAAAUCUGUCUGUUUAUCCUGAUAGUCUGUAUGUAAAGAUUUCGCUAUUAUUCAUAUUCCAUCUCUAACUAACCUACAUGAGUAGCAUUUGAGUGCACUGAAAGUGCGAU